AUGUCCAUACAGGCAGCCCACUUUACCCCCAGACGAUGGCUGAACCUGCAGGAGUACCAGAGCAAGAAGCUGAUGGCCGACAACGGAGUGAAAGUUCAGAGGUUCUUUGUAGUGGACACUGCGAAGGAAGCUCUGGAGGCCGCUAAGAAACUGAAUGCAAAAGAAAUUGUUUUAAAAGCCCAGAUCUUAGCUGGAGGAAGAGGAAAAGGUGUCUUCAGUAGCGGUUUGAAAGGCGGCGUUCAUUUAACAAAAGACCCUAAAGUUGUGGGACAGUUGGCUAAACAGAUGAUUGGGUAUAACCUGACAACGAAACAAACUCCAAAAGAAGGUGUGAAAGUUAAUAAGCUGAUGGUCGCUGAAGCCUUGAACAUUUCCAGGGAGACCUACUUUGCGAUUCUGAUGGACCGGUCCUGCAACGGCCCCGUGCUGGUGGGCAGCCCCCAGGGGGGCAUGGACAUCGAGGAGGUGGCAGCUUCAAGUCCAGAACUUAUUUUUAAGGAGCAAAUUGACAUUAUGGAAGGGAUAAAGGACAGCCAAGCUCAGCGGAUGGCAGAAAAUUUAGGCUUCCUUGGGCCUUUGAAAAACCAGGCUGCAGAUGAAAUUAAGAAGCUGUAUCACCUCUUCCUGAAAAUCGAUGCUACGCAGGUGGAAGUGAACCCCUUCGGUGAAACGCCAGAAGGACAAGUUGUCUGUUUUGAUGCCAAGAUAAACUUUGAUGACAACGCAGAAUUCCGACAAAAGGACAUAUUCGCCAUGGACGACGGAUCAGAAAACGAGCCCAUUGAAAAUGAAGCUGCCAAAUAUGACCUAAAAUACAUAGGACUGGAUGGGAACAUUGCCUGCUUUGUGAAUGGUGCUGGACUUGCCAUGGCUACUUGUGAUAUCAUUUUCCUGAACGGUGGGAAGCCAGCCAACUUCUUGGAUCUUGGAGGUGGCGUACAGGAAGCUCAAGUCUAUCAAGCCUUCAAAUUGCUCACAGCUGAUCCUAAGGUAACUCUCUCUUGGGUGGAGGUGGCAUAA